ACGAGCCAAUGAGCCUAGGCCGGUAACAGCACUUGUUAAGCAGUGUGUUGGUUUGUGCGCAGAUGUACGUUGAUGCCAGGAUUUGUUUGCUUUCCCUUGUGAUGCAGCAGAUCACUAGCAGAAGAGAUAUACUUUUUCCGGGACAGGCAUUAGGUCAUUAUUAUUCGUAUGUUGGACACCGUGGAAUUAGGGAAUUUAACAGGGAACACAUUUCACUGAAGUUGCACAGAAGCUGCUGCUGCUUCCUGUUCCUGCUUUAAUUGUCGGACUGUGAUACUUCUCAUUUCUGUGUUGUGUAAAGACAAGCCAUGAAAAAGGUCUGGUCGCAUUUAAAACAUGUUGUGAGCCAAGACAACGAUGAAGAUGAAGACUCCAAAAAGGAUCUUGUUGCUGGAGUGAGCCAUUCACAUUCUUAUGGGAGUACUGGCAAUGGAGAAACAGACUCUUAUGUUCCAUACCAUGAAAUUGCAGACCAGGAGAGUAUCAAUUGCCCUACAUGCAAGGGAACUGGUCGAAUUCCCAGAGGUCAGGAGGAUCAGUUGGUUGCCUUGAUUCCAUACAGUGACCAGAGGCUUCGACCCAGAAGAACGAAGCUAUAUGUAUCCAUUGCUGUGGCGACCUGCCUGCUGUUAUGUGCCAUAACCAUAUUCUUCCUGUUUCCUCGGUCUAUAUUUCUGGAUCAUGCAGGUUUAAAUUCUUCUCUUAUCAACUUUGAUCCAAACACAGAUACUGUUAACAUUAACAUCACGAAUAUCCUGAACAUAACCAACAAUAAUUUCUACAGCAUCCGCAUUCUGUCCAUCAAUGUUGACAUGCUGCACGUUAAUACUGUGGUUGGACAAGUCAAUAAAGAGGUCAAAAUGAAUAUCAACCCUGUAACCACCAAGCAGCUCUAUUACAUGGUGCCAAACGUAUUAACUGACAACACUACAUUUAAAAUUUGCACAUGGUCUGCUAUCAAGGUUCAUAAUGUUUUGCUUCAUAUACAGGCAAGAAUCACAGUUUCAUAUCUGGCACAUGAGGAGCAAGUGUCCUUAGACACCUUUGAGUAUAUAGACUGCAGAAGCAAUACGACUGUUCCACGACCUGUUGUUUCUCCUCCUGAAACUGCAAAAAAUCAUUUCAGUUUCCAUGAGUGGCAGAGAAAAUCCUAGUUAUCAUUUUUAUGUUGCUGGAUGUGAAGUAGUAUGAAAAGAAAUGCUGGUGAACAGAGGCAGUUUUUUUCUUUGGUGGCAUCUGCAUUAAAAAAAUAAGCUGCUUGAGAAUCCAAGAAAAUUGCUUAAACAGAACGUCAGAUGAUUCACAGAAUGUUUUGAUAUUGAACACUGGCCACAUUGCAUGUAAUUAUGCAAACCUAUCACUUUUGCAGUCUCUUCUCACAUAACAUCAUAACGGAGAUGUUUAACAUUAAUGAUUAACUAUAACAAUUUUUUUGUUGGUCAGAUUUGGAUUUCUACUUGUUGCAGAUCUGUUGCUUUAUUGGGUGGCAGUCUUGUUGGUUGUUUCUUUUAAGGUGAUAUUAAUGGGAGUUCCUUUGAUUUUGCAGGGCUGUUAAUUUAAGCUGCUGAUGUUGAUGUGGACAAGUCACCCAAGAUACAUCUGAGCAAAAAUGUGCAUUUUCUUGUCACAUCAAUGUUAAGUAUUCAUUGGUUUCCAAAGAACAGAUACUCAUUCAGAGUGAGAUGUUUGUACUAAACCAUCUUUACUCACUUUAGUGACUGUUCAACUCUUCUGAUAAUCUAAUUAUACUGCUUGAAGGUUUCAAGACGUAUAUGUUAGCAAAGUGCUUAUAUCAGCCAGUAAAACUGACUGUUAAAUACAACUGUUGAAGAAAGAUAGUUCAGUGUACCCCAGCAUUGGAGGUAAUGGGUCUUUUCAGGCCACAUUGUUUGGCUAGCAAUGAAUUAGCAAUGUUGGUAAGUUUAGGGAUUUGAGUAAAUAUGUAUUGUACUGAAUUUGUUCCUACAGUCUUUUCAGCUUGAGAGUGUUUUUGUGUGUAAUUCAAGUCGAGCUUAAUUGUAGUCAUUUGAAAGUGCCUGCUGAUGGUAAAUUUGUGGCUUUACCCUAUUUAUUACAGUGGCUUCAGAAGUGGAAUAACUGAACUGCAGAGUACAGCUCUGAUUCACAAGUGUAUGCAUGUUCAUGUUUGCACACUUAUGCAUAUUAACAUAUUGUAGUCACAAAUGUUCACAUUUAUUCAUGCACAUUAACCAUAUUGUAGUCACAUAUGCACAUGCACGUAGGUGUUUCUGCUUCUGCAGGCUCAGAGUACACAAUCCCACCUAGAUUAAGUACAUUGUUCUGUAACCACGUAUGCUUUUAUCACAUAGCUUCACUGUUAAAUGCAUACAUCUGUAUGUGCACAUCAGUUUUGCUUGACACACUUGACCAUUUGUGGUUACGAAUGCACCAGCUGCUUAUGUAACUGUUGAAGUGAUAAUUGUGUAACACAGUCCACGUACAAGUAUUUGAUGUGCAGAUCACUUUAGGGGUAAGUACAACUGUUUCCAUUAGCACCCUCCAUUCAGUUAAACCACCACAGUUGUAUUUACAGGACAAGUGGGAAGAAUUGUUGAGAAUCUUGGGUAGCAUGUGUGUUUGCUUUAUCUUGAGGAUGAGCACAAAAAACAGCACAGUAAAACAGAAUACCAGACAGGCAAAAUACUGCAUUUCAGCAUAAAGGUUUUCUGGAGUUUUCUGUGCAGACUUUUCAGAAACGUGAAUUGGAGCCAAACAUUACAAAAUGUUUGACUCUGCUUUGAAGACAAGAGACUGUGAGGCAUGUAUUUCUGUCUGUAAAAUGUUCAUGAGUAUACUUUUUAAGGGUACAAAAUGCAGUUUUAAACUAUUUUAGUUUGAUUACUGUAUUGAAGCCCAAACUUGCAAGAUUUGGCGAACUUUGUUCAGAUAAUUUGUUCAUAACGAGUCGUACUGCUCAUACAGACCUCACUUUCAUAGUCACCAGCUGUUCUUUUGACACAGAUUAGUAUGAAACAGCAGAGUGGUGGGUUUUGGCAUUUGGAACGUAAUGUGUUCCGGUGAGAUUGCACAGUUCUAGCAGGGCCUUAAUUUUUAAAGACAUUUGCUCUGAGCACUCCAGACAGAAAGUUGUCCAUGGUAGGUUACUGGCCAGUAUUAGUACAUACAAACUGUUUUUAACAUCUUUUUUCAGUGUGUGCUGAGUAUCUGUGCAGUUUUGCAGGUUUUGUUGCUUAUAUUUAAUGAGUCUGUGACUAGUUUCUGCUUAGAAAAUUGAGUAUACAGUUAAAUUUGUCACUAAUUUGAGUUCAGAAAAUCUAGCACCUAUUUUAAUCUGGAGAUGGUGGCUAAGGUUAGCUUGUAUAAUUAGGGCUGUGGUGCAGGACCUGAGUGAAUAAACUGGUACAAACAUGUCUGGUUUUGCUUGUAGAUGGCUGUACUAAAAACUGUUGAAGCAUAAAGAUGAAACUGCAGUCUGCCUGGUACACAUUUUUAAUUUAUUCCUUCUAUAACACUAGAUCAUCAGUAACUUUCUUGUAGCCCGAGAGACAAAUUGUUUUAUGUUGACCACUGGAAUACUUGCCAUCUUACCAGUCGAAGACAGCAAAGCUUCCAGUUUAGCAUUUGAAUACUGAUGACCUAAUAAGAUGAAUAAAACUUGCUGGUCCCAAAGGCACUACAUCCAUAUCUUUGCAUUAUGUGACUAUUUAAAAAGGAACCUUAAUUUUUACUCAAAAGUACUAUUAAUCUUUUGGCCCUUCUGGAAAAAAUGUACUUUGUACCAAAGAAUGUACUGUCAUUUUAGGUGCAGGGAGUAUUUCAUAAUAUUGUUAGAGGCCAACAGUAAAUUGUGUUUAUGCUGCUUUUCUUGAUGCUCAACCAUGCUUUUUAUUUGUUUUUCUUGAAGAACAAUGUUUGAAACAGCCUAUGUUCCUCUUUGUCUGUUGGUAUAGUCGCAGAAAGGAGCAAAAAAUUACAGCCGUUGUUUGCACUUGUAUAGAAAUUUACUACAAAAAAUGUUAAAAAGAAUGUAAAAUAAAUAUUUAAAGAGCUACUUUUAAAAAUGA